AUGCAAAGUUCAUCAUCAUCCAAGGCUGUGUACCGACAAAUUCUCCGUUAUCAGAAUCAUAUCCGAACCGUUAAACCUAGCUGCUGUGAUGUCUUCAUCAACCAUAGGCGGAUCGAUACGAACAAAAAUGUUUCAGGGUUGAUAUACGAUGAGUUGGUUAGGCUGAAGCUGAGGCCAUUUUUGGACAGCAAGAGCAUGAAGCCAGGGGACAAGUUGUUUGAGAAGAUCAAUGUGGCGAUUCGUGAUUGUAAGGUUGGGAUCGCGGUGUUUUCGCCACAUUAUUGUCAAUCAUAUUUUUGUUUGCAUGAGUUGAGUAUGAUCAUGGAGUGUAGGAAGAAGGUUAUACCUAUUUUUGUUGAUGUAAAACCUUCCGAGCUUCGGGUUAUCAACAAUGGAAGCUGUCCUGCCAAGGAACUGGUUCGGUUUAAGGAGGCGGUUGAGGAGGCCAAGCACACUGUUGGAUUAACAUUUGAUUCAUCGAAUGGGGAUUGGUCUGAGCUUGUAAGGAAUGCUUCGCGUGCGGUGAUGAUGAACAUGCUAGAGGUUGAAGGAGAUCGAAUUGGACAACACCAGAACCUUCGUCUCUUCACGACGAAUCCAACUCCACCAGAUUCAUCAUCAUCCGACGUUUCACGCGCCUCCACGCGCUGCCAGAACAUUCAGCCACGCGCUUCCUCGUUCUCAGACGCGCUCUAUGCGCCUCCUACACUUGUCCGGUGCUAUUGUGCGCCAUCAUCUGUUAACGUGAGCCGCUUGUUUCUGACGUCAGCCGACGUCAGCCCUGACUGCUUUCGUGCGCCGCUUGUUCUCCUCUACUAUCGUACGCCGUACACUUCUAUGCUAACGUGCGCCGCGCCUGUGACAUCAUCUCUGCAGCAGUGA